CGAAUUUUCAACGUUAGGUCAUGAAAAGUAGCAGUCUUUGUUGAGCUCAAAUAUUAUUCCAAUUGUUAGUUAGCCAUGGCGUUGGAUAAGACCAUUACAGGCACUGGUUUUAUUUUUUGUCUCAGUUCACGAUAGAAAGUAACUUUAGCUUGGUGGUUGCUACUUACUUUAGCUUGGUGGUAGCUACUCUAGGUUGUUUAUCGUUAGCUGGCAGCGGUAACGUCAACUCACCCAACUGUUAGUUAGCACUGAGAACUGGCAAUUAGCUAACGUUAAACAAACCGCUAGCUAUCUAUUUUCAGUCGGAAAUACAUAACAUCUGCGGCGGCUAGUGAUUUCGGAGAACAACUAUCGUUAUGUGGAACAAAGUGGAACUUCUCAUCAAUGAUGAUACCAACACCGUUCGUUUGUCACUUGGUGACAGCGCCUUGUACCAGGUUGACACACUUGUCAAACUGUCCUCCUCGGAAAACGUCGUGUCCAAUCCUAAACUAUAUGCCUCUCUGACUUCGACGAGUUGCAUCGUCAUCUGUGAUACAUCUGUGGUCCUGUUUGAUCCAAGUUUUCAGACUGUUUUACUCCAUUUGUACUUCGACACGUCUGUGGAUGCUGUAUGCUCAGAGGGCAGUUUUUUGCUUGUUGGGGAGAGAAAUGGAAAUCUCCACCUGAUCUAUGUUCCUCUUCAAAAGAUAGUCAUGACAAAGGCAUUGCAACAAGCCCCUUCGAAUGGCGAGGAGUCCACCUUCAAGAGUCUCAUUCUUCAAGAGAUUUCUGAUUGCCCAGGGAUGUUCCUACUCUUCCUCACAGUUCAGGAAGGAGUCGUGAUCAUAUCUGGCCUUGAUUUGGGAAAGGCCCAGAAAGCUAUUGGCAAUGUGGACAUUACAACCCUGAAUGAGCUCCAGGGUCUCAUCAGGAUGGAUUUCUGUUCCACUAAUGACAUUCAUGAUGGAGGCUGUACAUCUGCAGUGAGGGCUGACCUGGACAACAGACUGCAACUUCUUAUUGGGGGGAAAGGAGGAAAUUCUUUAUCUCAAUGGAAGAUUGAUCAAAGUCAGUGCUCUCUGUUUUCCACCUCUGCUUUGGACUCCACUUUAAUACCAGGAGUUAGGAAGAUUCAAGUGAUGGAUACUGUAAUGUAUGUGUUAAAUGAAGAGGACAUGUUGAGUGUGUGGGAUGUGCACUCAUUUGUCAUGCUGUGCUGCUGGCCUGAUUUUGCCAUUCAAGACUUUCUUCUCAGCACUGAGGGAGAUUCUGCAUCCAUCACAUCGCAAGAGAGCACCAACAUGAAAAUGAUUACCCUGGGCACGGCAGACGAUAAACAGAUGAGAAGACUGAUGGUGCAGUCUCUUCCAUCCAUGGAUAUUGUUUACUCUAUGGAGGUCUCUGGGGUGGCUUCUCUGGUCCAGAGUGGAAUGAACAUGGACACAAUUUACUUGUUGGAGGGGAUUGCAGAGAACCCAAAGAGUCCAGACAGUGGCAUAUCAGCAAUAGUAUUAAGAUGCUUCACGGAGGCCUUACCUGAAAACAGAUUCAACAGGCUCCUGUACAAACACAAGUUUGAAGAAGCGGAGCAGUUUGCCUUGACCUUCGGACUGGAUGUAGAGUUGGUGUACAAAGUGAAGCUUGAUGCUAUUGGAGGGAAACUGGCCUGUCAUCUCUAUGGCCAGCAGGACCUGACCAGAUGGUCUGACUUAAUAGAAGAGGCCAAGACCAACCUAAUGAAGAUUACGGAUGAGCCGUAUGUAGUCCAGUACUGUCUGACUGCACUGUGGCCCACCAUCGAUGCAGCAGAGGAGAUGCUGAGCUACGCCGCGACCCGUUUCCCAGCUACAGAAAUCCAAAUGGCGCUCGCCAAACUGGCAACCUUCUGCAGCCUCUAUGGCCCAGACAACUUUAAGGGAGCCCUGUGGAUUGAGUUCCUGAACAGUGAUGACUACCUGACGUACAUCUUCGGCCUGUUGAGGUCAGGGAAUGUCAGUGGUGCACAGCAUCUGUGGCUACGACAUGAGGGUGAGUUUGUCCAGCAGUUUGAUGAGGACACUCUACAGUGUUUGCUGGGUUCCAUCCCGCUUACUGUCCCAUCCAAGGAGCUUUGCCUCUGGUUUAAAGCUGUCGUUGUCCCAUUCGUAUGGAGAGUUCUUCCAAAGGGCCAGAAAAUAUUGGCAAGGUGGUUGGAGCAAAGGGCCAGGAAUUUGGAGUUGACAGAGAAGAAUGACUGGCCCCACAACGGACUGAAGCUGGCUGAGCUUGGUCUCCCCUCCUCCAUGUCGAUGCCUCUGGAGGAGGACAGUGGUAUGGAGGAGAUGGAGCUUCUCGAGUCUCUUGUGGUCAACCUGCGUCACCUGUGUGACCUCUAUGUCAAAUACAACUGCAAGCUCACACUGUCUGAGUUUGAGAUGAGUAACACCCGCAGCAUGGCCUUCCUGAUGCUGGAUAAGGUCCUGGCUCCUGAGCUCAUCUCCUCUGUGGUUGAGAACAGCGUACGGCCCUACGCUCUGGAGCAGAAUCUGGACCUCAACAAGACGCUGCUGCGCUACAUUAAGGACCUGUCAGACACUUGCAGUUCACAGACCACAACUCUCUUUUCAGAGUGGGAGGAGAAAGCAGUGGCUAUUCUCCGCUGUAUGACCAACACAGAUUUGGUGAUGGACGCUGUUCUGGAGAUCAUGUUCAAAGCUGUGGUGCCCUGGAGUGAGACUGUGGAACACCUGGUUCAGCAGCACCUGGAGAAGGAGCACCCUAAACAGGACCUCCUGAAGGAAAGCUAUCGUUGUAUGGAAACAAAGAAGCUGCUGAGCCACUAUGGUGUUCGUAACCUUUCCCACUCCACAGACAUUAUGAUGCUUGUGAGGCACAUCCUGAAACAGAACCUGCCCACCUCUCUGGAUGAUGCCCUGUAUCUGGCCAAGGCUAACCAGCUCAACCCCUCUGAGAUUCACUUCCACUUCAUCCUCCAGCUCCUGGAAAAGGCCAAGAUGGAUGAGAUAAUGUCACUGUUAAAACGAAUGGCCCCUGUGGAGGCUAAAGUAACGAUUCAUCGCCUCUCCAGCUGGGCAACAAUAUUCUUAAGCGACAAAGAGCAUAUUUCUGAGGAGCAUAAGAAAAAGAAGAUGUUGGUCACAAAGAUGGCAGUGGAGGCUCUAAGCUACUUGGAGAUUAUCCAGAAAACGGAAAACUCAGCCAUGCAAAUGGAAUGUCAAGAUGACCUCCAGAGAUUCAUGACCAUUGCUCUCCUCCAGGAGAGCUUUGACGUUUUUCUGACACCAGAUGAGUUGGAUGACCCCAAGGUGUGCAAGCUGUUCGAAGAGCAGGUGUGCAAGGCCUACGAGAACCAGAAAGGGAUGAAACGGUUCCUCUCCUCCGGCCAGGCUGAGGACGCGGCCAAGGCGUCUCAUGACACUGGGACGAAGAGCAAGAGCCCAGUGAACAGUCUGUCCAGCGCCACCACCUUCUCCGAAGCCAGCCUGUGCCGCCUGGCCCGGCGCCUGAAGCUCACGGAGCAGGUGCUGUGGGCUGGCAUGGCACACAGAGCCCUGGAGAAUGGCAAAGUAGAAAAGGCUCUCAAGAUCCUUAGUGGGCUCUACCAGCAGUAUCCAAACUCCGACACAGGCACGGUUCUCUUCUGGGCUGCCCAGCGGCUGUGCCAGAAUCUGGGAGAUGAUGUUCCCAUGAUCCUGCCUGAGCGCUUCAACCUGCCAGCAGUCAUUCAUCAGCUCUCCUGCCAAGCCGCUGCUGUCUGUAGCUCAGACUUGCUGCUUGACUGUAUGGAGCAAAGCAAAAACACACAGAGAGCUGCAGAACUGUAUUGCCAGUGUCAAAUUGAUGACAGCUAUGGCUUUGAGGCUAAGAAUUGCAAGCCUGAUGGUGAACAGGAAGAUCGGCUGGAGUUGGGGUUGAAGGACUUCAGUGAGGAUGGGAUAGUCCUUGAUCCUAUCACUGUCCUGCCUCUUCAGUACAAGAUCAUCACCUGCCUCAUGCCACUCUUCUCUGAUUCUAAAAUGUAUCCUCUGGAAAAUGUCUCCCUGGCUUAUUGUACGGUCAGUGAGGAUGAAGACUUCUUGGGGCCCCUGCUGAGCCCCCUGGCCAGCAUGCUGCAGAGCCUCCAGGAGUGCAGUCAGCUGGAGCUGGGCCUGGGGCUCCUGCUGGAGACCUACAUGGUCAUCCUCCACCACGUGGCCUCCUACACCUCAACCGCUGUCUUCAAUGACAAGCAGCACCAUGAUGAGAAGUGGCUGGUCAAAGUGAAGGAGCGCAUGGCUGUUGUGAGGCAGAAGGCAUUCUCGGCUCUUAACGGGAUCGUGGGGUCACUCUUACAGAAGGUUCUGAACUGGAAAUUGGUAGACUUUGAGUUAGCCAUUGGACUCUGUACUAUCCUGCCAAAAGCUGAGGUUUUGGCCAUAUUGUGGAGGAUCAUCACUAAUGCCUGGCAGAACUAUGAUAAGAUCACGGAUGUUGCCAAAGUUGGAGCGCAUAUCUGCUCUAUAUAUGAAGAUGAGGAGAGACACAAGUUCCUGUCAGUCAUAACUGAUGCUGAGUGGGGCAGCAAACUGGGAAAGCUGGGUGUUUCCAUCCAAUCUGUGUUCAGGCAGUGUCCUGAGACCAAGAGGAACCUUAUUCCUGUUCUGGUCAAGAACCCAAACAUCACCCCGGAGAUCAUACUGCAGUAUUGCAGCACAUACGGUCUGUAUGGUGAGCAGGCCAUCAACCUGCUGAUCACCACCCUACUGCUGCAGGAGGAUGAAGAAGUUGGGGCAGGAGAGGCAGGGCCAGGAGAGGCAGGGGCAAACGGACCCCCUGUGGACCCUCUGGAGCGCGCUCUACAAGUCAUCCCCCAGCUCACCUCCACCAGAGACCUCUUUGUCAGUCUCAACGCAGUCAUCCCUAAGCUCAGCCCAUACAACUAUGAGAAGAUCGAGAGGAUUCUGGCCACCCUGGAGGCAGCCAAUGAGAGCACCACCCUCUUUUCCCUCAGCCAGAUGACAGGCCUGCUGCAUCACCUCAAGUCGUACCGGCGCAUCUCAACUCCGAGUGACCUGGAGAGCACCUACCUGUUUGAGAACUCCUUCGAGCUCACGUCCCUGGCCAACACACGGCUUCCCUUCCACAUGUUGCUUCAGACUAAUCACUUCUUCUGGAAGAUCAUCUCACCAGAGCUAAGUGAGGAGACCUUCCCCACUCUGUUGCUUAUAUGCAAACUCAUGAAGGUCAGCGUGGAUAAGUUGUACAUGCUGGUUGUGAAUCAUGUCUUUGAGAAGAGGCUCAAGCCGAUGAUAGUGGAAAGGGCUAAGAGAGGGCAGUGCCAUACCCAAGAUGAUGAAACGGACGUAGUGGUCAAAGCCAUCCGUGAUUAUACACUCUGCAUCCAAAACCUGGAGCUGGCAGCUGCCACUGUCCAUAAAAUUGCCCAAGAGCUUCCAGCAGGAACGGAGAAGACAGCGUUUUUAAAAUCUAGCUUGGAACUUGGGCACAGCUUGCUGAAAUCACAGAGUUUUGAGGAGGAGGUGCGUCUGCGAGGAGAGGCCGUCAUCUCAAAGAUGCAGCAGCAGUACCAGCGCUCGGCCAUCGAGAACAUGGUGAUGUCCAGCCAGCUGAGCUCUCCUGAGCUGCUGAAGCUGACUGGGCAGCCAGGGCGCCUCCUGGUGGCCCUGUUUGAGCACAGCAGUGUGGAGGAGCGCAUGAAGAACCCAGCUGGACAGAUCUACCCUGACAUUCAUGCAAUUGUGAAAGAAAUUGCCGCCAUAAGUGGAGUUGAUGUUCUGCAAGUCCGGAAUUUUCUGCUGGAGAAAUGGCUCUGUAAAACGGACUCUUCUACACCAAAGGACCACAACCACCAGGACUAUGUCACAGACAUCCAGAGUGAUCCAGACAUGAUGAGAGUGGUCUAUCUACUGCGUAUGCAUCCUAUGGACAUGAGCGCUCGCCUGCUCUGCCCGGUUCUGACUGCCGAGUCCUGGCCGCUGGGAGGCUCUGGGUCACGCCUAACCUUUGAGCAUCGGAGUCGUGCCCUCUACUGCCUCAGUCACAUUGCUGAUGGGGCAACACUUGAAAGCCUCCUGCAGAUCCCCAAAACCAAAGUCAAGCAGUACACCCAGUGCUAUGUGUACCUCUCUCAACUGGAGAAGCUGAAUAUCCCCUACACGCUGGAGCUCUUCCUCAACAGCCCCAAGGAGGGCAUGAUCAAAGGCUUGUGGAAGAAUCACUGUCAUGAGCCUAAGGCUGUUUGUCUGGUGGCUGAGCUGUCCCUGGAGUACCAGAUAUAUGACCCCCAGCUGUGGAAUGGCAUCUUGCAGAAACUGGUGGUGUUUAACAUGACCAGAUACUUACAGAAACUGUUGGAGGCUAUUGGAGCAAUCCCUUGUCUUUGGGAGGUGUCCAGUCUGCUCAGGACGUGGAGGAGUGUGGUUCUCACCCCUUUCAUGACAGCCUCAGUGCCCCUCAACCCAGAGCAGCAGGCCACCUUCUACAAGACAUUCCUGCUCAUUCUUAAGUGCCCAUUUCUGUUGAACCUUGAUCUGAUUGGUGUUGCCAAGCGCUUUGCUCAGUUCAGUAUGCCAGCCUACUCCCUGGGCACUCUCCUGCUCAUCCCGUGUGCCAAGAAGAGGGAGCAGCAGAUUCAGUGUUUCAUGCUCUCCUGUGAUCCGGUUCUGAUCCUGGAUCAGGUGAAGACACACAUGUGCACUGGAGAGUUGGCUGGAAUUCCCUCACUGGUUGUGGGCACCGUGUUCACACACCUAUGCCAAAAACAACAGUUUGACAAAUUAGUCAAGACUGAGCAUUUCCAUGACUUCAAGCAACACUUGAUCAUAAAAAGCCAUCCUAAUCAGGUGAAGGACUUGGUGGACUACCUUGUCAACCAUAACAGGAAGCAGGAUGCCAUCAGCCUGGCUAGGGGUUAUCUGAAGUCCAUGGAGCACACGGUUGGGAAACAAGUGUCACCUCCUGAUCCUGUCAAGGUGUAUAUGGAGAGGACUUUGGAUUCACUGGGAGGACAGAGAGACAUGUAACCCUUAUUUACACAUUAUCUUUAUUUAACUUGCACUUUGUCAUAUUAAAGCUGUAUACACAGUUACUCCUUUGUUCUACGCAAAGUGUUGAGUGGAAGGCAAGCUUCUCUGAAACAGUCUUUGGAGGGAGCAAAAGGGAGCUCUCUUAACAGUCUAAUCAUUGUUGUAAACGAAUGUGCUUCCAUAACUGCCAGUGUAGAAAUAAGGACAGUACGAGUCAGGAUAUGUGAAGAAGCGAUUCACAUGACGCUUUAAAUUAAUUGCUGUGUUGAGACAUUGUGGUUCAAAGCUGCCUGGUGAUUUUACUCCCUGUAGCUUUAAACUAAGCCUGACUGGGUGUUUAUUUCAGCACAGAUAUAUAUGUUUCUGUACUGUACUGCACCAGGUUAUAUAUUUCACUUGUUUGUUUAUUUUUCACUUGUUUAUCACUUUAGUUUUUAUUUGUAAGUGCUAUAAACAUAAACUGCAAAAAGGAUUUAUGAUCAUAUUAUUACUAAGCAGAGACUUCUCCAUAUGAAAACAAAUAAAAGGAGUGAUGCAAAU